AUGACCAAGGAACCUGGUCUGGGUCUGACCACCUCCCCAGCAGGGUCUGCGAGCUCAGUGACAGAUUCACAGUCGGACACAACUCAUAAAACCCAGGUAACAGUGACUGGAGAACCUGGUUUGAGUUUGACCACCUCCCCAGCAGGGACUGCGAGCUCGGGUUCAGAUUCCCAGUCAGUCACAACUCAGGAAACAAACAGAUCCACGACUGGAAUGUCUAGGCCGAGUCUGACCUCCCCCACAACAGGGUCUUCGAGCUCAAUGACAGGUCCCCAGUCGGACACAACUCAGGAAACAAACAGAUCCACGACUGGAAUGUCUAGGCCGAGUCUGACCUCCCCCACAACAGGGUCUUCGAGCUCAAUGACAGGUCCCCAGUCAGUCACAACUCAGGAAACAAACAGAUCAGCGACUGGAGAACCUGGUCCGGGUUUGACCACCACCCCAGCAGGAUCUUCAAGGUCAAGUACAGAUUCCCAGUCAGACACAACUCGUAAAACCCACAAAUCCGUGACGGGGAUAUCUAGGCCGAAUCUGACCUCACUGACAGCAGAGUCUUCGAGCUCAAUGACAGGUCCCCAGUCAGUCACAAGUCAGGAAACAAACAGAUCAGUGACUGGAGAACCUGGUUUGAGUUUGACCACCUCCCCAGCAGGGACUGCGAGCUCAGGUACAGAUUCCCAGCCUCUCACGACUCAGGAACCCCAAGGAUCAAUGACCAAAGAACCUGGUCCGGGUUUGACCACCAGCCCAGUAGGGUCUGCGAGCUCAGGUACAGAUUUCCAGUCGGACACAACUCAUAAAACCCAGGUAACAGCGACUGGAGAACCUGGUUUGAGUUUGACCACCACCCCAGCAGGAUCUUCGAGGUCAGUGACAGGACCCCAGUCAGACACAACUCAGGAAACCCACAGAUCAGUGGCGGGAGUGUCUGGGCCAGUAUUGACCACCACCAGAGAAGGGUCAGCCAGCUCUGGUACAUUUUCCCCGUCAUACAAAACCGGGGAGGCCCAGGGAUCAACAACUAGAGAACCUGGUCCAGGUUUGACCACCAGCCGAACUAUGUCUGCGGGCUCAGGUACAGAUCUCCAGUCGGACACCACUCAUAAAACUCAAAUAACAGCGACUGGAGAACCUGGUUUGAGUUUGACCACCUCCCCAGCAGGGACUGCGAGAUCAAGUAUAGAUUCCCAGCCUCACACGACUCAGGAAACGCAAGGAGCAAUGACCAAGGAACCUGGUCUGGGUCUGACCACCUCCCCAGCAGGGUCUGCGAGCUCAGUGACAGAUUCACAGUCGGACACAACUCAUAAAACCCAGGUAACAGUGACUGGAGAACCUGGUUUGAGUUUGACCACCUCCCCAGCAGGGACUGCGAGCUCGGGUUCAGAUUCCCAGUCAGUCACAACUCAGGAAACAAACAGAUCCACGACUGGAAUGUCUAGGCCGAGUCUGACCUCCCCCACAACAGGGUCUUCGAGCUCAAUGACAGGUCCCCAGUCGGACACAACUCAGGAAACAAACAGAUCCACGACUGGAAUGUCUAGGCUGAGUCUGACCUCCCCCACAACAGGGUCUUCGAGCUCAAUGACAGGUCCCCAGUCAGUCACAACUCAGGAAACAAACAGAUCAGCGACUGGAGAACCUGGUCCGGGUUUGACCACCUCCCCAGCAGGAUCUUCAAGGUCAAGUACAGAUUCCCAGUCAGACACAACUCGUAAAACCCACAAAUCUGUGACGGGGAUAUCGAGGCUGAAUCAAACCUCACUGACAGCAGAGUCUUCGAGCUCAAUGACAGGUCCCCAGUCAGUCACAAGUCAGGAAACAAACAGAUCAGUGACUGGAGAACCUGGUUUGAGUUUGACCACCUCCCCAGCAGGGACUGCGAGCUCAGGUACAGAUUCCCAGCCUCUCACGACUCAGGAACCCCAAGGAUCAAUGACCAAAGAACCUGGUCCGGGUUUGACCACCAGCCCAGUAGGGUCUGCGAGCUCAGGUACAGAUUUCCAGUCGGACACAACUCAUAAAACCCAGGUAACAGUGACUGGAGAACCUGGUUUGAGUUUGACCACCACCCCAGCAGGAUCUUCGAGGUCAGUGACAGGACCCCAGUCAGACACAACUCAGGAAACCCACAGAUCAGUGGCGGGAGUGUCUGGGCCAGUAUUGACCACCACCAGAGAAGGGUCAGCCAGCUCUGGUACAUUUUCCCUGUCAUACAAAACUAGGGAGGCCCAGGGAUCAACAACUAGAGAACCUGGUCCAGGUUUGACCACCAGCCGAACUAUGUCUGUGGGCUCAGGUACAGAAUCCCAGUCAGAUCCAACUCGGUUACCACAGGGAUCAGUGAGCAGAGAACCUGCUCCAAGUUUGACUACCACCGAAACCAAGUCUCCGACAUCAGGCUCAGAUUCCCAGGCAAACACAACUCGGGAAGCUCAGGAAUCAGUGAUGGGAAAGCCUGAUCUGGGUUUGACCACCACCCCAACUGGAUCUGUGGGUUCAGGCACAGUUUCCCAGUCAGACACAACGCAGGAAGCCCAGGGAUCAGCGUCGGAAGAACCUGAUCGGGGAUUGACCACAAAUGCAACAGGGUCUUCGAGCUCAGGUAACGAUUCCCGGUCACAAUCAUCUCGGGAACCCCACAGGACAGCGAUGGGAGAGUCUGCUCUGGGUACGAGUAUCACCACAGGCACGUCUAUGAGCUCAGGAACAGAUUCUGUGUCGGACACAACGCGGGAAACCCAGGAAUCGGUGAGAGGAGAAUCCGGUCUGGCUUUUUCCACCACCCUGGCAGGGUCUGGGAGCUCGGGUUCAGAUUCCCAGUCAGACACACCUCGUAAAACUCACAGAUCCACGGCGGGAAUGUCUAGGCCGAGUCUGACCUCCCACACAACAGGGUCUUCGAGCUCAAUGACAGGUCCCCAGUCAGUCACAACUCAGGAAACAAACAGAUCAGCGACUGGAGAACCUGGUUCGGGUUUGACCACCUCCCCAGCAGGGACUGCGAGCUCAAUGACAGGUCCCCAGUCAGUCACAACUCAGGAAACAAACAGAUCAGUGACUGGAGAACCUGGUUUGAGUUUGACCACCUCCCCAGCAGGGACUGCGAGAUCAAGUACAGGUUCCCAGCCUCACACAACUCAGGAACUGCAAGGAUCAAUGAGCAACGAGCCUGGUCUGGCUUUUUCCACCACCCUGUCAGGGUCUGGGAGCUCGGGUUCAGAUUCCCAGUCAGACACACCUCGUAAAACUCACAGAUCCACGGCGGGAAUGUCUAGGCCGAGUCUGACCUCCCACACAACAGGGUCUUCGAGCUCAAUGACAGGUCCCCAGUCAGUCACAACUCAGGAAACAAACAGAUCAGCGACUGGAGAACCUGGUUCGGGUUUGACCACCUCCCCAGCAGGGACUGCGAGCUCAAUGACAGGUCCCCAGUCAGUCACAACUCAGGAAACAAACAGAUCAGUGACUGGAGAACCUGGUUUGAGUUUGACCACCUCCCCAGCAGGGACUGCGAGAUCAAGUACAGGUUCCCAGCCUCACACGACUCAGGAACUGCAAGGAUCAAUGAGCAACGAGCCUGGUCUGGCUUUUUCCACCACCCUGGCAGGGUCUGGGAGCUCGGGUUCAGAUUCCCAGUCAGACACACCUCGUAAAACUCACAGAUCCACGGCGGGAAUGUCUAGGCCGAGUCUGACCUCCCACACAACAGGGUCUUCGAGCUCAAUGACAGGUCCCCAGUCAGUCACAACUCAGGAAACAAACAGAUCAGCGACUGGAGAACCUGGUUCGGGUUUGACCACCUCCCCAGCAGGGACUGCGAGAUCAAGUACAGAUACCCAGCCUCACACGACUCAGGAACUGCAAGGAUCAAUGACCAACGAGCCUGGUCUGGGUUUGACCACCAGCCCAGCAGGGUCUGCGAGCUCAGGUACAGAUCCCCAGUCAGACACAACUCAUAAAACCCAGGUAACAUUAAGAGGAGAACCUGGUCCGGGUUUGACCACCAACCCAACAGGGUCUGCAAGCUCAGUGACAGAUCUCCAGUCGGACACAACUCAUAAAACUCAAAUAACAGCGACUGGAGAACCUGGUUUGAGUUUGACCACCUCCCCAGCAGGAUCUUCGAGCUCAGUGACUGGUCCCCAGUCAGACACAAAUCAGGAAACCCACAGAUCAGCGGCGAGUGUAUCUGGGCCAGUAUUGACAACCACCAGAGAAGGAUCAGCCAGCUCUGUUACGGAUUUCCAGUCAUACAAAACCGGAGAAGCCCAGGGAUUAAGGACUAGAGAACCUGGUCCAGGUUUGACCACCAGCCGAACUGUGUCUGAGGGCUCAGGUACAUACUCACAACCACGUACAACUCGUUUACCGCAGGGAUCAGUGACCAGAGAUCUUAGUCCAGGUUUGACUACUAAAGAAGCUGGCUCUGCGAUAUCAGGUGCAGAUUCCCAUUCGGACACAGCUCAGGAAACCCACGGAUUAGCAACGGGUGUAUCUGGGCCGGGUUUGACCACCAUCACAGCAGGGUCUUUGAGCUCAGGGGCAGAUGCCCGGUCAGACUCAACUACGAGAGUACAGAGAUCAGUGACAGGAGAAUCUGGUCCUGGUUUGACUACCACCCAAGCGACCACCAACCCAGCAGUGCUGGUGAGGUCAGGUACAGAUUCCCAGUCAUACAAAACUGGGGAGGCCCAGGGAUCAGCAACUGGAGAACCUAAUCUGGGUUUGGCCACCAGUCGAGGUGGGUCUGCAGGCUCAGAUACAGUUUCCCAGUCAGAUCCAACUCGGUUACCCCAGGGCUCAGUGAGCAGAGAACCUGCUCCAAGUUUGACUACCACCGAAACCAAGUCUCCGACAUCAGGCUCAGAUUCCCAGGCAAACACAACUCGGGAAGCUCAGGAAUCAGUGACGGGAAAGCCUGAUCUGGGUUUGACCACCACCCCAACUGGAUCUGUGGGUUCAGGCACAGUUUCCCAGUCGGACACAACGCUGGAAGCCCAGGGAUCAGCUUCGGAAGAACCUAAUCGGGGAUUGACCACAAAUGCAACAGGGUCUUCGAGCUCAGGUAACGAUUCCCGGUCACAAUCAUCUCGGGAACCCCACAGGACAGCGAUGGGAGAGUCUGCUCUGGGUACGAGUAUCACCACAGGCAUGUCUGUGAGCUCAGGAACAGAUUCUGUGUCGAACACAACUCGGGAAACCCAGGGAUCAGUGAGAGGAGAAUCCGGUCCGGCUUUUUCCACCACCCCGGCAGGAUCUGGGAGCUCGGGUUCAGAUUCCCAGUCAGGCACACCUCGUAAAACUCACAGAUCCACGGCGGGAAUGUCUAGGCCAAGUCUGACCUCCCCCACAACAGGGUCUUCGAGCUCAAUGACAGGUCCCCAGUCAGUCACAACUCAGGAAACAAACAGAUCAGUGACUGGAGAACCUGGUUCGGGUUUGACCACCACCCCAGCAGGGUCUUCGAGAUCAGUGACAGAUUCCCAGUCGGACACAACUCAGGAAACUCACAGUUUAGUGGCAGGAGUAUCUGGGCCAGUAUUGACCACCACCAGAGAAGGGUCAGCCAGCUCUGGUACGUUUUCCCCAUCAUACAAAACCGGGGAGGCCCAGGGAUCAACAACUAGAGAACCUGGUCCAGGUUUGACCAUCAGCCGAACUAUGUCUGCGGGCUCAGGUACAGAUUCCCAGUCAGACACAACUCAUAAACCCCAGGUAACAGCGACUGGAGAACCUGGUUUGAGUUUGACCACCACCCCAGCAGGAUCUUCGAGGUCAGUGACAGGACCCCAGUCAGACACAACUCAGGAAACCCACAGAUCAGUGGCGGGAGUGUCUGGGCCAGUAUUGACAACCACCAGAGAAGGGUCAGCCAGCUCUGGUACGUUUUCCCCGUCAUACAAAACCGGGGAGGCCAAGGGAUCAACAACUAGAGAACCUGGUCCAGGUUUGACCACCAGCCGAGCUGUGUCUGCGGGCUCAGGUACAGACUCACAACCACGUACAACUCGGUUACCCCAGGGAUCAGUGACCAGAGAACUUAGUCCAGGUUUGACUACUAAAGAAGCUGGCUCUGCGAUAUCAGGUGCAGAUUCCCAUUCGGACACAGCUCAGGAAACCCACGGAUUAGCAACGGGUGUAUCUGGGCCGGGUUUGACCACCAUCACAGCAGGGUCUUUGAGCUCAGGGGCAGAUGCCCGGUCAGACUCAACUACGAGAGUACAGAGAUCAGUGACAGGAGAAUCUGGUCCUGGUUUGACUACCACCCAAGCGACCACCAACCCAGCAGUGCUGGUGAGCUCAGGUACAGAUUCCCAGUCAUACAAAACUGGGGAGGCCCAGGGAUCAGCAACUGGAGAACCUAAUCUGGGUUUGGCCACCAGUCGAGGUGGGUCUGCAGGCUCAGAUACAGUUUCCCAGUCAUAUAGAACUCCCUUCCCCCAGGGAUCAGUGAGCAGAGAACUUGGUCCAGGUUUCACUACCACAGUUGCUAGGUCUGUGUCUUCAGGUGCUGAUUCCCAGUCGGAUACAACUGGGAAAGCCCAGGGGUCAGUGACGGGAGAGCAUGGUCGGGGUUUGACCUCCAGCUCUGCAUGGCUUGCGCUCUCUGAUACACAUUCCCAGACAAAUGCAACUCUGGAAGCCCAGGGGUCUGCACUGGGAGAACCUGGUGUGGGUUUGACCACAAGCCCUGUGGGGUCUGCGGUUUCAGGCACAGCUUCCCAGUCGGACACAACGCGGGAACCCCAGGGAUCAAAGACAGGAAACAGCGGUUGGGUGUUGACCACCAGCCAAGCAGGGUCUUGGAUUUCGACUACAGCUCCCCAGUCGAACACAGCUCGGGAACUCCAGGGAUCAGCGAUGGGAGAAGACGAUCCACCCCUGGGGUCGGCAAACUCCUUGCCGGACACAAAUCAGGAAGCCCACAGAACGGUGACUGAAGAACAAAAUCUGGAUUUGAACAACAGACCAGAAGGUAUACAUACCCAGUCAGACACAGCUCAGGAAGCCCAGCGAUCAGCGACAGGAGAGCCAGGUCCGGCUUUGACCACCACCCCAGCAAGAUCUGCGAGCUCAGAUGUGAAGGCUUCCACAGUGGAUCAGCCUGAAGGAUCGUCUACAGGACAACCCACCCCAUCACCAUCCUCUGUCUCAGUGGGACAGAGAUCCUCAGUCAUAGACUCCACACUCGGUGAUCCGUGUGUAAACCACACCGUCCUGGAUCAGCCCUGGAGGAGCACAGAUUGUACCCACACUGUGUGUACCAAUGGACAAUGGAGAAAUGAUAGAAAUCUUACAGUCAGAUGGUACAGAUUUAACAGUUCUGGAGGAUGGAAGAUUCCCGAGACGGUUGUUCCACAGGGUCGCUGUUCCGGGGAGACCCCAGGCUGGUUAAACGGUUCCCAUCCCAACGUGGGAGAGGGGGAGGUGACCAGGACCGUCUGCUUCAGUCACGCUCAAGCCUCCUGUCACUGGAGCCGGGAGAUCAGGGUGAAAAACUGCUCCGGUUACUUUGUGUAUCGGCUGUGGCCGACAACCAGGAGUAACACUGUGUACUGUACAGAUUCCCAGUCAGACACGACUCGGGAACCCCAGGGAUCAGUGACAGAUCAAUCUGGAUUGGAUUUGACCACCGCCCCAGCAGGGUCUUCGAGCUUACGUACAGAUUCCCAGCUGGACAGAACUCAGGAACCCCAGAGAUCAGCAACUGGAGAAUCUGGACUGGGUUUAACCACAACUCCACCGGGGUCUGUGAACUCAGAUGUGAAGGUUUCCACAAUGGAUCAUCCCGAUGGAUCAUCUACAGGACAACACAUCCCAUCACCAUCCUCUGUCUCAGUGGGACAGAGAUCCUCAGAUUCCCAGUCGGACACAACUCAGGAACCCCAGGGGUCUGCGACUGGAGGACCUGGUCCGGGUUUGUCCACCACCCCAGCAGGGUCUGCAAGCUCAGAUUCGGAUAGGAGGACAAGCCCCAACGCCGGGCAGGAGAAGCCGACGGACACCACGUGCAAAACCUAUGAGAUGAUCCCAGUGAAAGGGCUCCUGUCAGAUGAGGAGUGUGAGGAGAUGAUUAACAGUGCCCAGGUACUGUACAUUGGGCGAAACAACCUGAGAGACCCCCGGGAGAGAGAGGCUUACAUCAAUGAG